AUUCAAAUUCGAAAAAAAAAUAACUAAAGUUUACGGAAAACGAAUCUACAUGUAAAAGGUUUUUUUUUGGCAGAAAAACUGAAGGCUAAAUCUGCUACUACUACUUUUUUCGCUUUUGGGUAGCCCAAGCAACUGCACAUAAGUAGCGUAAAAAUUCGUGGAUCAUCGUAACUAGUUGAAGCUUCAGUGCAAUAUAGCCCAAUAGUUCUUGUCGGGCGGAAGACUGCUCUGAAUUAUCUCUGCUAAAUGCCCAGUCUACGUCACGGAAAUGUUUUUGCCCCAAACCAAAUUUUGAACUCUGAAUCCCAUUCACCCGAAAUGCCCUCUUUAAUUCUGUGGGCUUCAAGUCGGAGGACCGUUCAUUGAAAAUCAAUCUUCAAACUGUGUAGCUUGACAAAUGGUUCCAAAACUGUACCAGAUUACGUGCUGUGUUUUGUUUCAAGUGCCUGAAAAGAAAUAGCCUCAGCUCAUGUUCCGGUUUUACCUCAAUGAAAUAGUAGUGUAGCCCUUAGAUUGCUCGUAAGUACGUCGAGAAAGCUAUAGUUGUAAUUUGUUUAUUUUAAAAUCCAUUUGGCCUUUAAAUUUAACAACUUUUCAAUGAUUUGCAAACUUCUGCUCAGACGUGAAAGCAGUUGAUUGUGUAUUGUUCAGCCUUGGGAUUGUUUAGUUCUUAAUUUGUCGAAAGUUUUCCCGUUCGCCUUUAGCGCUUACAUUAGUCAUUUCUUGAGGCUUAAAAAAGCUUUCCGAUAAUCAGAGUAAUCAAGUAAAAUUAUAAUAAUAGCAAAAUUUUCUUUUAUUACACUUAAUUUACUUGGAAGCGAUGACCAUGCCUCAAUGUGUGAGCAAUGACCCUGCCACUGGUUGUUCAAGGACGUACUCUGCAGAAAUGGAAUCGAAGCUGCCGGGAUGUGCAAAGUACGAGACCUCGUCUCCUUCCUCUUUCCGCGGGAGUUUCUUCGAGGAUAAUGCUAUUCUAAACGACCAUCAUGGAAAUUGGUCCGUGUACAAAUAUUUGCCCAAGUGCUGGACCACUCUGGAACCGGCUCUGUGUGGAGUGUUGCGGGCUUCUUGUCAGAAUAACAGUGAUGCCUCGAGGAUUUAUCCUUCCUUGACGAAGCUGCAUCAACACGGUUGCAACCAGAUGUUAGAUGUGUGUCCAUUUGUGAAGCACGUGUAUCAACAUGUUAACAAAUUCGUCACGUGUAGUAGUGAAUUCUACGUCAACAUGAAAUGCCCAGGACAAACACUACUGAAUCACUACGACAAGCCAGAUGUCGCCGAUUUUCAGUGCCUUCCUCCCGCGCAAGUCACUCCCUCCUCCGAUCUCUGGCUUACGAAGGUGGACUACUGCGGGAUGCCUUGCGACCAGUUGGAACCCUUGUCAUCAUGGAACCCUGCUCUCAUUCUAUCGUCCUUUUUGAUCCAACUCUGCAUUCUACUUUUUCUUCACUUCAGUCCUCAAAAAUAUGGGGCUGCCGAGUUCAAGUUUCUGAAAUUAGUUUUAACUGUAGACUCUCUGAUGACGUUUUGUAUUUCUCUCAUGCCCUUUGUUCACAACUUCUCGAAUUUCUGCGACUCUAGUUCAGAUUUGCUCGUUAUGAAUAUCAGACCUGGGUGGAGCGGCAAGUUUGCGUUUGAGCUUGCAGUCGCGUUUUCGAUGUCGUUUCUCAUAACUAUCGAGUGGUUUUGGAUGUUGCUCCGACUGAAGUAUUUCCCGAUGGCAAAAUGUGUAGCUUUUGGCGACCGACAGUAUCAAACGAUAGCUUCACCAAAGAAAGUGAACACCAUUAGUUUCGUUGUGUUGCUAUUUGCGCUGUUACUAAGCCUGGGAGUCGUAUCUCUUGGAACAGUGAGUCCCAAUUUCAGCUCACGGAUCCCACAAAUAUAUAUUGAGCAUCCGAUUUUGUUCUCAUUUGAACCGGUCGUUAUUUUCCUACUUCAGUUCGGAGUUUCAAUCAUGUUGUUUGUCGAUUCCGUGCGCCAUCAAGCAUUCAAACUUUCCUACGUCAUUCUGGGGACUUUUAUAUGUUUAGCCAACGCGGCUCGGAUUUACUGCUUCCACAGUUCGAGAAAAGCUCAGGAAUCGUUUGUUAACUUUUACUUCGAAAAAAUAUGGACUUGUAAUUUAGACGCUCUAACGGAAUGUGCAGUCGCUCUACCUUCUAUUUCUCCUUUACUUGAUGUGUUUCUUUUAAUUCUUAAACUAAUUGAUUAUAUCUUACUGUUUUAUGUUAUCAACUUGUUGUUACCAUUCAAAAGACCCUUCAAUGUUUUGACCUCUAUCAAAGAAAUCAUGCAGCCCACGAGCUCAAGUCUGUUGUCAAAAUCGAAGCCAAAAGUGACCGUCCUGGUUUCGAAUCCGAGCAGUGACGGGAUGAUUGAGACCUUUUACUCCCCUUCGCCUUCGAUGAAUUUCAAGGACACGCAAAUUGUCCAUUUGGGAGCUCAUAGUUCUCAAGAGAAAGGAAUACAGAUGAAGCAGCUCAAGCCUUCUCUAGAAGUAGCGAAAAGUGGUAGAAGUCCCAAACAAGGGAUUGUCAGGGCGGAAGUUUCGAACCCCGAUUCGGCGACAACGAGUAACAAUUACACACCUCAACAGCAGCACAAAAAUCAAGACCAUCAGUUAGUUAAUUGCCCAGAUUGCGCAAAGACUAUCAGAGUUGCCACGUGGGUUAAUUACCUGCCACAACCCACCCCAAAAAGGAAACACUUCGCGAACCCAAACAGACGAGGGAUUCCAACCUUAACCGCUAAUUGUAUGACUGGAUCUCCGACUAGUAGUAAUACAUUUAGCCCAGUCUACCCUCUGCAAGUACCGACAAGUCCUCGUAUCAACGUCCCGGCGGCACCCAGUACUGUUUCCAGGAGCUUUCCCGGUUCACCGGUGAUGUCUCACAGGAGCUCAUCAGUAGGUAGCAGUAGAAAAGCUUCAAGCAGGUCGGCUAAACCGGAAAGUGGGAAUGAAAGUCUGGGAGUGUAUCUUAUACCCGAGAGUCACAGACGAAUUUUGAGUCAGUACAACGCGAGUCCGGUGGCUUUGAGGAGGAAGAAGCCCUUAUCACCGCUGGUUACAAGUGACAGGAAAGUGGAAAACCAGAGUGCAAUGCCGAGUGGAAGUCAGAGUAAUCCAGCCACUCUGAGGAGUCAGAGGACGGCGACGUUUAAUGAACCGGAACCGAGUGCUGAUUCGGAUGCUCAAGCGACGCCCCGAGCGCGAGACUCGAGACCGAUUGAUUUGGAUCUGGAAAGUGGAAAUCGGAUAUCAAACUCGACAACUGCCUCGCAUAGCAACAGAGGCGGAAGCGAUUCGUUUGAUUCGGAGGAAGAUACGAGAACUGAAAUAGGACUGUGCACAUCUCUUCUGUGAUUAAAAAAAUGAAGCAUUAAAUUCAGGU